AGCUGUUCGUUUGGAAGAUUCCAACCUACAAUGCAAUUUAAUUAAGUUUCUGCCGAAUAUUUUCAUUUCCAUAAUGUUAUAGUAAUAUAGAAUGACAAUUAUAGAUGCUGAUUCAGGCUCUCGUUGAUUGAAAAGAGCGUCAAAAGCGCAUAAAACAGUUAUGUAAUCAUUAAGAUAAGCGAUUACCUGCCGCCGGGUGGCUCAGUUCCCAGCCAGGUCCGGUUUGAGUAACUAAGCGACGUAAACAAUCGGGCAUACUUCAGUGUGUUUUUUAGUGUUUUAGGCAGGACAACGCUUAUAUAGAAUCACAAUGGAGGCAGAAAAUCGAAUUAAUCUGGAUGUACCUAGAUACGAUCAAUCGACAUUUAUUGGUCGGUUAAAACACUUCAUGGAAAUCACUGAUUGGCGAUUAUGCUUCAAGUCAGACAAAGUGCUUGAUGAUGCUAAAGAACUGCUAGUAAAAUACAGAAUUGGUGAGGAGCCUCCUGGAACUUCGGACGAAGAUGUGUACUAUGCUAAGCGGGUUUACGAAUCUGCUUUUCAUCCAGAUACAGGAGACAAACAGAAUGUAAUUGGUCGCAUGAGCUUUCAGGUCCCUGGUGGUAUGAUUCUUACUGGUGCAAUGCUUACAUUUUAUAGGUCUACACCAGCUGUUGUGUUCUGGCAGUGGGCUAACCAGUCCUUUAACGCACUAGUAAACUUCACCAAUCGGAAUGCUAAGUCUUCCCUGUCUGUGGAGCAAAUGGGGGUAGCAUAUGUUUCAGCAACAAGUGCAGCACUUGUCACUGCACUUGGACUUAAGAAGGUGCUGGCUAAAAGUCGGUCUACACUGCUUCAGAGGUUCGUCCCUUUCGUAGCCGUGGCUGCUGCCAACUGCAUAAAUAUUCCCCUUAUGAGGCAAAAUGAAAUCAAGAAUGGAAUUACAGUCUGUACCAAGGAUGGCAAAGAACUGACAGAAUCAAAGGUUGCUGCUGUUAAAGGUAUUAGCCAAGUUGUAAGCUCCAGAAUCUUUAUGGCUGCACCUGGGAUGACAAUUCUUCCAUUUGUGAUGGAGCGUUUAGAAAAACAAGCUUGGCUGGUCAAGAAUCCUCGGCUCAAUGCUCCUUUCCAGACCAUGGCCUGUGGCGUGUUACUCACAGCCAUGGUUCCAAUUGCCUGUUCAUUAUUCAACCAGACGUGUGAGCUGGAUACAUCCGCAAUAGCGAAGCUGGAACCAGAAGCAUAUGCAAAAUUAGAGGGUGUAUGUCAGGAAAUUCCUGAGAAGGUUUAUUUCAAUAAGGGUUUGUAAACGAAGACUUAAUCCAGAUGAACGCACUUGGAGUGAUGUGCGUGUAGGUGAUUUGAAAUACAUUAAGGUUAAGACAAAUUUCAGAAUGGCCUCCCAGCAGUAAAGAUGUUAACACUUGAUUCAACAGAGAUUAUAUCUUAGAUUCAUAAACACAUGGUAUUAAUAGAGUAUACUGUAGUUCAGAUGGAUUAUAAUUUUAUAUGUACAGUAGACACACUUUGAAGUGUAAUGAAAAGCUUGCAAUAACACAGUUUAUGGACAAGUGUGAGUAGCACUAUAUCCCUCCUCUUCUGUAUUGCCCUUAUUUUAAGAUGCAACGAGAAAUUCAAAUGAUCUGGCCUGAUCUCACCCUAGUUAUGUUGUCUAACAAGGUAGUAAAGUUUAUGUGCUGCUCUGCUGUAAUCUGUUUCAUAAAAUUGAUCAAAGCCCCACAGUUACAUAUUUGCAUCUCAACGUCCAUCAUUUCUGCUGUCCAUUCAAUGAGCUUAACAUUGUUGUAUAUAUUCUUUAUGUUUUGUGCUGACAUACAGAUUGUUUUUGCUCAUUCAGAUUCUGUUCGUGGUGUUGGUCUAGUUUACAUUUUUUUUUAUCUCACAUUGCUCAGGUCAUCUUUUGUUAUUAGUUGUGUAAGAAAAUAAAUUAUAAUUUUUUUUUUUUUUUUUUUUUUUUUUUUUGGUGUUACAGUAUUUUCAAAUGUCACCAGUAAUUACCAGUAAUUAGCAGAAAUAGGAGUUCAGUUGAUAGAGUCAGAGCUUAAAGAUGUUGAAUCUUUGCAUGUCAAAAGUGUAUAUUAGCUGAAGACAGACCAUGACAUCCUGUUUUGAGGUAUUUAGCAAGAUAUUGAUGAUAUUCAUAUACAUAAGUCACAUUAUUUCUAUUUUUUUGGUGCUUUAUAAGUUUUAAGUAUUUAAGAGAAUUUUAGUCAUAAAAUACUGUAAGUGAAACCGGUGGGGUUUGAUAAGUUUUGGUGUAAAGCAAAAAUGUAAGAAAUUGUUAGCUCAGAGUUAUUCUAAGUUACUCAUUUGGUGUAUAUUCUGGUUGUAAUAUAUCCUUUGAUAAUCUGUCACAGUUUCUUCAGCGCAAGUUGUAAAUAUGCUAAUGGAUACUGAAAGAGUUUGUUGUUGUUGUAAAAUAAGUAAUAUUUUUAUAUGUUAAUAUUUUAUUCAUUGUUAUUAAUUUUGUAAAUUUUAACUUCUUAUUUUCAUGCUCAAAGUCAGUAGUCUUCCAGUAAUAAAUAAAAUGUGCAUUACUGUACUGUACUGGGGCAUCGCAGUAGAAAAUAAAUGUGUGAUGAAAAUGAAUUCAUUGUGAUUACGAAAAAGACGACACACCCAUAAAUAUUAUAAGGUUCUAAAGUUUUUCAUUUUUUCAUAGAUUUUUUUGGGUAUUUUCUUCACAACCUUAGGAUAAGAUACAUGUCUUCCAUGUUAUUUUUUUCUUGUGUCCUUUCUGACAGCUGUUCCUUGUUCCUAAGGAUUUUGCAACAAGUUAUAAAAGUACUUUAUCUGGGCUCAUUUUCUAUAUAGCAGAUGUUGUUAGACCAGUUUGAGUAAAUUUCAGAUAUGGAGCAUUGGUAUCCAGUCCUGUCAUUUCAAUAAAUAACCCAUAAACAUUGCUAACAUUGUGGUAAAAGUUGUGGUACUUCUAAAUUUCCUGUAGUCAGUGGUGUAGUUCACCAAAAACUUCACUACUUGCUUUUCUCUUAGUAUUCAAGAUGAUAAUUGAAGGGUUACUAAGACCUUGGCCAUGAGUAGUGUACUACAUUUACAAGAAUACUUUAACAUAUUACUGCAAUGAUUAAAAAAAUGUAGAUACAUAAUUCAUGUUAUCUCACUGAGACUGUGAAUGCUUCUGUUUAUGGUAGUUUUUCUGUGUCUAUGGUGUUCUUAAGAGUAUAAAUUGUACGUACCUACAGUAGUUCCUCAAUCAUCUGCUGUACACCUUUAAUUGUAUUAUCCUCAGUGCAAACUUGUAUAUGCACUUAACUGUACCAAAUGACAAGACAUUGCACACAUGUGGUUGGAUAUGCAGAGUGAAGAUUAGAUCAUCUUGAUGGGAGCAUAAAUACCUCAGCUCAGUCAGUUGAAAUAUCUGAGUAUCAUUGGUGUACAUAUAGUAGGGGUCAAUGAGAAUGUUAUGUACCAGUUGCUUUAUUAAUGAGGAGGAGAUUGGGGAAGAAGGAAUAAUCAAAUGCAUCAAUUGUUGAUUAUGAUAAAUUCACACACUAAAUUGGCCUACUGUCCUGUGCACGGCAGAGUGUGUUAUUGUUUGUGUGGUAUGGGAGCUGUUGCUUUCAUUGCUUCUCAUGCUCUAAUAUGAAACCACUGUGGUGGGUUAACGUCAAGUAAACAGACAUGUCCAAAUUGGUAAGUGUCACAGUUGCUUUUCUAGGAUAGUGUACAAAUUGUGUGAGAUAUAUGAACUUUGUAAAGCCCAGUCAUUGAGGUUUUUCUGUAUUAAGUCUUAUUGUAAUGUAGUUUGGGUAGGUUAUGCUACUGUGACAAAGUUCGUGAAUUACAUUUUGUAUGAUUAAGCAUCAUAAUUUUUUUUGUGUGUGUUUAAUAUACACAUCAAAAGAGAUCAGUAAUUUGCCUUAAUUUAUAUAAUUCUUAAAGUUAGUGAAUUUCCAUUUACUUUCCUGGGUUAAGAUAAGGCAUUAGGGGGAGCCUACACUCAGCAUAGCCUAAGGCUGGCCUCCCUACUAUACCUGUUUCCAUAUUUCAGACAAAUUGACAGGUUUUUGGAUGUAUUAGUGUGAAUAAUCAAAGGGUUGCUAUAUAUAAAGGUAUACUGUAUUAGAGGUUGCAUCUAUAUCAAGGAAGUAUAUGGAAAAAUGUAUGGGAAAAAGAAUUAUGAUUGUAACAUUUUUUACUUAGUUUCACAUUCACAAAGAAAAUGGAAGGUAGUUGAAUGAAAAAUUAAUUACAUGUCGAUUUGUACCUUUGACUGGGUAGUGGGUUCAAUGAGUAUUUAGAGCGAAGAGGAUGAGAAUUACAGAAUAAAAGCAGGAACAAUGAUGGACAAUACAUGAGAGAGAAAAGAGGCAACUGCAAUUGUUUGCAAAUCUUUUCUCAUCCAUCACAUUGCCCACUUUUAAUCACAAUGCCCACCUUUAAUACCCUAAAGGCUUCAUAGGUAACUUCUGGAAAAAAUUCCUUUUUAAUUAGGUAUUAUGAGUUGUCAGAUUUCGUCACCAUGCUGUGUGCUUUUAGAUCAUGAAUUAUUGAGGUAGGUUAUUGAUUUAUUGUUCCAGUUGUAUCCAAGUCAAAUGUUGCUAACCAAUAUGCCUCAUUUUGAGACUGUCCAGGAAUUAAGAAUCCGUGAUUAUUAUAUUUUUUAAUACGAAGAUAGGAAAACUUUAUUUUUGCAUGCAUGCUCUUCCCCAUUAUGCUUUUAGCUUCUUAUCUUUACACACCUUACCACUUUUCAUGAAUACAGUGCAUUAUGUAGCUGAUUCUGUUAGUGCUCAAGAAUCCAUGUGUAGUUUGGUUCUCAUUGGUGUAAAAUUUAAUUAUUAUCUCUCAUCAUAUGACCCAGUACAUUGCUAUAACUUUGUUUCACAAUCUAGAUACUUGUUUAUUUCAUGCAAGGUCCACUCCAUGCUAUAUAUAUAUAAAAUAUAUUUGUGUAUUUUUGAAAUACAUCAAUGUUAAACA